CUUCUUCCUCCCUAUUGUGAGCUUGUGACAUUACAAAAGGGGAAGCUCCUAACCGUUUACAGCCUCAGGAAUCUCAAAUAUAAGCAAUGCAUCCAGCCACAAGUGCCAACUCAAUAGAUCCCCUCGAUAUUGAUCUUGAGAGUUCAGUCCAGUCCGCUUGUCUAAUUCCCAUCGAGCAUGGCAACAGACCGACCACUCAUGCCUCAAGUAUCAUGAUACCGUUUCUUUCCAAACUGGAAAACUCAGACGAUUUGCGGAGUUUCCGUGUGAGCCUCAAGUGGUGCACCCUGGACCACUCGACAUGGCUUGGAAAGUCCAUAUCGUUCUGCACUUUCAUAUUUCUCACCAUCGUAGCCCCUCUGGUGACUUCCCUACUAGUCCAAUACCAAGACAGUUCACUCUCCAAUGACCCCAUAUCAUUCAACAAGCUCGUCCAGUUUCCUGAGUCGGCCCUGGCUUUGAUCGGGUUUUUCACUCUCACCCAGUUCUUCAGGAGGUACACUCUUGGGCAGCUCCUGUUUCUAGACGGGUUAGAGGGAGAUUCCUCGUAUGUCCAGAGAGGUUACCGGCACGAGCUUGGCAGGGCCUUCCGGUACCUGGCAUGCAUUCUGCUUCCAUCAUUUAUUGUCGAGCUCGCCCACAAGAUCGUAUUCUUCUCUAAGGUGACUGUUCUAGUCCCCUACAUCAAUUCGGAGAUUGCUGCAAAGAUUGUCGUAGGAGUACUGGUGCUGUGGUCGUGGGUCUACAGGACGGGUGUGCUCCUGCUUGUCUGCAUCCUGUUCCGGCUGACCUGCGAGCUUCAAAUUCUGAGGUUCGAGGGGUUCAAUAAGCUGCUUGAGGGAUGUGGGUCCGACGCAUCUGUGAUUUUUAAUGAGCACAUCAGGAUACGGACCCAGUUGUCUGCUACGAGCCAUAGGUAUCGGUGUUUCAUCAUCGGGUGUUUGCUGACACUAACUGUGAGCCAGUUCGGUGCGUUGUUGCUGGUUCUUGAAUCGGAAGAGACAAAGACAUUCUUCAACUCCGGUGACUUGAUAGUCUGUUCGGCAGUCGAGCUUAGUGGCUUCUGCUUGUGUCUCCUUGGUGCUGCUAAGAUUACACAUCGAGCUCAGGGAAUUGCAUCGAUUGCAACUAGGUGGCAUAUGACAGUAUCCUGUGCCUUCAGCACGCCAGAUCAUGGGAAAGAACUGAAUGGCACGCACGGCGACAAUAACAGUGACUCAGACCAUCUAAUCCCAGUCCCCAGCUCCCAGGAACCGUCCUCAUUCCAGAUCCGAGAAGCUUUAGUGGCAUACUUGCAACAUAACAGUGGUGGGAUCACAGUCUACGGGUUUGCCCUCGAUCGAGGAGCGCUCCACACUCUCUUUGCAUUUGAGUUUUCUCUAGUGCUGUGGAUACUAAGCAAGGUGACGGUUCUGCCAUCUUCUUGACGCGCAGCAGUAAUGCCUGAGACGGAGCAUCAACAGCUCGAAAAAUGGCCAAACAGUAGGCAUCCUUUGCCGGUUUCUCGAUGAAUCUCGGCAAUGCAAAUAUAUAAUCAUUUCAAGUUUAGUUAAAUCAUGUUUCUAGAACUGUUUAAUGAAAGAUGCUUCAUGUCUUCCUUCAGAUAACUGCCACUCAUAAUGUGAGUCUUAUCUAGGCAGUUCGAUUUCAGCUUGGGAUGAAUCUGUUUAUCGUCUGUAAUGAUAAUAGUCAUAGGAAUGCCAAUAUAUCUUUGCUCAUGUUUUAAAACAAAUGCCGUGUCAAAUUUCGAGGAUCGUGGUAAAGAGUGGAGGAGUUUGGUCCGAGUCAAGGAGUUUGAUCGUUAUCGAGUUUUUAUUGGUCA